AUGCUGCUUGAUCAAACAUCCCUGGAUUAUCUUUCUAUGGAGGCGAUCGGCUUCCGCCGGUAUCCUAUCAUUAUUAUGGACAGUCUAAGUGAUGUCAGUGAAAAGCCAAGCUCAAUGGACAGCAGUGUCACUUGCUAUGAUAGUGCCCGAGCUCGCAUUUCUUUCCGUGAAUGGGUCGGCAAAUUGCAAGCGCAGCCUUGUCGUUACUUGGGUGACAAACUACCGGGUAGAUCUGUGGUUGCUGAACAUAUUCUGGUCAGGCACUCACGACCACGUGCACGUCGGCUGUUGAGGUAA